CACACAGAGAGAGAGAGAGAGAGAGAGAGAGAGAGAGAGAGAGAGAGAGAGAGAGAGACCUGUUGAGUUGUCACUGGGUAAAACAGGGUGUUGGUUUUGACUUAUUCAGAUCUCCAGUUUGUUUGAACCUGUUGAACGAGUCGUGCAGAGGUGAAGCCACGUCGCCAUGGCGCAGAUUUUGUCAAUCAUCUUAAUCACAUUUUUCACGCUCGUCUCAGCCGAGGAUCCGCAGCAAAAAGACGAUCCCUUCACAUUCGAUUAUCACCAGCUGCGUGUUGGAGGGCUCAUCAUGGCUGCGGUGUUGUGUCUGAUCGGCAUUACUAUCCUCUUCAGUGGACACUGCAGAUGCAAGUUUAACCAGGACAAGAGGAGGAGGACAGGAAGUAACGCAGCCACUCAACAGAUGCUCAAUGACACAGCACGAGCCAGCGAUUGUUAAACGCUCCUGCUGGACUACUCAGUGUCCAUCUGACUGACGGAGAACAUUGAAGAUCCUGCAGACGUUUAUUCCACCACAACACAAUACACAACAAUGGGCCCUUUAUUAUCAUAACAUAUAAAUGUGAUCUAUUUUUUAUAUUAUUAUUAUUAUUAUUAUUAUUAUUUUAUUAUUAUUAUUAUUAUUAUUAUUAUUAUUAUUAUUAUUAUUAUUAUUAUUAUUAUAUUCCUCCUGUUGGCUGCUUUGGUGGCUCCUCGUCUGGAAACUUGUUCCUGUUAGACUUUUGUCAGAUGUUCAUUUCAUCUAACUGAACCAAUAACCAUAAACAUCACUAUAACGUGAGGUUUUGUCUUUAAUGUGUUUAAUAAAAUGUCUGUUUUCUUUAGAUCACAUGACACUCAGCUUAUAACCAAAAAUGACAAGCAAUCGAUCCACAUGUCUGUUCUUUCUUUCUUUCUUUCUUUCUUUCUUGUCAAGUCGGUGAUCCACAGUUCUAUGUUGCGAUUCAUAGUUGAAUGUUUGACCACUGAAACAUUUAAUCCUGAUUUAAUAAAAUGUACUUUUAUAGAGCAUCAGCUUCAAGUAGAUCGUUCGUCAUGUAAUUGUCAUGUCAUUGUGUCUUUUUUUUAAAAGAAUGUCCACAUUUGCUGACUAAAACACUAAAACAA